GUUUAGCUGUCGCUGUUCAUGUAGAGUGUUGUCUGUACAAAGUUGUCUUUAACGCGACCGAAGAUGAUUAUUUAGUGCGAAUUGUUGUUGUUUUGUUUGUACUUUUUAUUUUAUUUGUUUUUGAUUGACUGUUGUUGUGUUGUUUUAGUUUUGUACAUAGUUUAAGGAAAGAUGUCUUCUGUGCGAUGGAAAAAUCUAAUAUUUUUAGUGUGGAUAUGCAUCGCCCAAGCAGUCACAGAGGCAGCGAGAGAUAAACAACAUAUGCAGGAUACCAUUGCAAUGACAGCUGACGGUUGGAGGCCCAUUGUGGGUCAAGGUCGGCGACCAACCUUUAACAACGACGAGAUAACCCAAUACCGCAAUCCGAUUGGUCCCAGCGAGGUUAUCAAGAAGGCCGAAACGCCCGGAACGCCUGCUACGACCCUAUCAUCCCCAAAGCCCACGCCUAAAAUGCCCACUAAAGCCACGCAUGGAGAUAGGGGCAACUUCAAAAAAUUCCCCAAAUCGUCUACGCAUGGUCAAAAAAUGACCACGCCCAGCCAAAUUUACCACGGCGGAUCGCACGGUCCUCACAUACCACUAGAACGAGUUCCAGUCAAUCGUCCAGGACCAAACCCGCCACCAGUAAAAAAAUACCCCGCAAAUAAAUUCCAAAAUCAACACGGUAACGGUAAAAAGAGGAAACCAACUCGAGGACAACUUGGAGCUUAUAGCACUAGGGAUGAAGUGUUUGCUCCGCCACCAAAAGCUGGUUCGUACGCUUUCAUUUCCCAGGGUGCAAACACGAUCAAAACCAGAGACACUCCAGGAUUCAUUUUGGGGGCCAACAACUUCCCCAGUUCCCAUCUCGAGUUCUCAAAUCGCUUCCCCUUGGUUCAAAUUCAAAACGACAAUUCCUUCCAAGCUUUCGGCAACGGCCAGGCCCCGUUCCAAGGUUUCCAAAAGCAGACGCAAGGGAAUGACGUCCGUUUCGCAUUCAACAAUCAAAACGAUGAAUAUACGAGAAAUUUGGUUCCUCCCCCUCAGCCGUACAAGAGCUUCCAGGAUAAAGAGGCGAAUAAAAAGAUUACGAAGCACAAAGAGGGGGUGACGCAAUCGACAAACCAAAUCGUCAGAGGUAACAACCAAAACCUCCAGUUACCUCCUCCUUUCAGUUACGCGCAAAACGAAGUCAAGGAAAACAAUCAACAACCCGGCGUGGAAGUGGAAGUGACCAAGCAGAAACUCAAGGUGUUCCAUAACAGCAUACCGAGUAACUACAACCCCUUAGCGCCCGAUUACGUGGACUACGAUUACCACAUGGUCAAAAGACCAACGAACCUGCCCAGAGUGCAAACCUACGAGGUGACGGAGGGUAAGCAGUACCAAGAGACGCCGUUAUUCUACAGGUUCCAACAGCAUCCUGGAUCAACUCAACGCCCCAAAAGACCGGUAUCGAGAAAGCCGCAGCAACAGUUACCACUGAUCGAACUGAGUAGGCCGCUAUUGGAACUGAACUUACCGCCUUUCCUACCGACACCCUUUAAACCUGAAGGGGUGGUGCCCACCUCUCCAACGCAAGAGGAAGUGUCCACUUUGUUCAGUAAAGUGAAAAUACAGGAAUACCAGACGCUGCAACCGCAAUUUUUCGACGUCAAGGAGGUUUCCACGCACUUCCCGAUUCUGGGCAAACCCGAGUAUCACCAGCAAGAGCAAGAAUUGACCAACGAGAUCACCACGAGUGGAGAACAAGAAACCACAACUCUACCAACAACCACAAAGGAACCUCAAAGGGCGAGGGGUUCGCAUAGGAGGCGCAGACCGAACAACAAGCUAAAAAUAACGACGACCACCGAGGAAGCGUUACCAACGGAAAGCUACGAUGUUCAGAAAAUGCAGGAAAGCGAAACCGAAGCGUCGGUUGAAACCGAGAGACCGACCAGAAGGAGACCCAACAGACAUAGAACGACAACCACCACAGAAGCGAGUGAUAUUGAAGAACCAACCACUAAAACACCAAGGCGUAGGAAUAGAUACAGGCAGAGACAAGGCACGAAUGAUUUUUUGAGGAAAAAAUUGCGAACCACCGAAGCGCCUGUAAACCACAAAAUGGAAGAGGAUUACAGAGAAUCGACCGAAGAAUCGGCAUCGACGGAAGAAACACAAAACGUGGAAGAUGCGACAGAAGAAGAAUCGUACAGACCCGCUCGAACGGAAGAGGCGACUCCAAGCAACGGCGACGAAAUAGAGAUGAUCAAAACCGACGUCAAGGAAAUUAUAAUCACGGAAAGCCCCACGACGGAAAUUGCGGCCACCACCAACAUUCACAUGCCGGAAAACGAGGUGGAUUACUCCACCUCCGAAAAUCAAGUGCAUCUGAGUAGCGUGGCGACGGAAAUUCCCGAGAUGGAGGAAGUCACUUUGGCCACCACAACGACAUCCACAACCACAACCACUGAAGAACCGAGCACAACGAAGUCGCACAGAGUGAGAGGCAGGCCGAGUAAAUACGACUCCUCGAACAGGCCUAGAUUCAGCGUCAAAGAUUACAGGCAAAGAUUCUCCACCACCAGUAGCACUACCGAGUCGCAAAGGACCACAUCGGUGGCGCCCAGACUGAGAUUCCCGAACAGAUCCAGAAGGCCUAUGUCGUCCACAACAACCCCUAGCAGUGUAAACGAACAGGAAGAAGAGAACAGGGGCAGCAGAUUUAAGCCUAAAGAGCCUAGGUAUACCAUCACCACAGAACCAAGCGACAAUAUAAUAACUGAGAAAACUGUAAAGGCGGUCAACACGCGGUUAAGACCUUUUGGUGGUCGGCAAAGAUCCACAACAGAAGCCCCAGUGACAGUUAAAGUUUCGAUAAGACCCAACCUGUUCUCUCAACGACGCAGGACCGCCACCUUAAGUCUCAAAAAUCGAAUCCUCAGCAAAAUGAACAACAAAACUCAAGAAGUCACCACAGUUGAACCGGAACCGGAAUCGGAGGAAAACGAAACGGAGCAAGUGACUCAGGCCAGUUUUUCCGAAGGUGUCACGACAAAUUUACCGGAGAAAGUCUAUGAAUAUGCCGACGAAACCACUACCAGCGAUAUACUGAAGAAUGAUCCUUCACUGUACUCACAAAGGGUCUCGGAUUUAACUUCCUCCUUCAAAAACGAAUACAACACGCCUGGCUUGUUCAAGAAUGUCUCGCCAACGAGCAGAAAGAUACCCAAUCAUUUUACUAUAUCCACAGAUGAUCCUAUCUUGCCCAUUGAGGCGUUCUUCCCGAACAUAAAUAAAGGUAGAGAAUAAAUCUUUAACUUUAAGGAUUAAAAAACAUAAUUAUUGGUAAAUAGGAACCAAUUGAAAAUGUGAUAUGAAUUUGAAAUUUUUAUUAUAUUAUACAAAUUAAAUUUAACUUUAGGAAAAAGUUAAAUUUAAGCUUAUAAUAUACCUACAACUAACUUUAUUUGUAAAUUUUUAUUCAGAAGAGUACCUUUUUAUGAGUAUAGGAUCAGUAUUUUAGGCAUUUAAAUUAAGGGUGUUUAUUUAUUUAUUUCUUUGUGUAAAUUAAAUUUAACUUUAUUUAUUAAGUAAUUUAACCUUGUAAUAUACCUACAUAAAAAUA